AUGUCCCACUCUCACUCCCACUCCAACUCGAGCAACCACUCCUCACACGUCUACUCACACCGACGGCCGGGUUCGCGCGCAUCGGUCCUCUCGACGGGCGCCCCCAUUGACGUCAACCUCAGGAAAAAGGUCGCCGUCGUCGGCAGCGGCUGCUCCGGCAUCGCCGCCCUCUGGGCACUCAACCGCAGCCACCACGAUGUUCACCUCUACGAGGCCGCCAGCCGCCUAGGCGGUCACACCAACACGGUCAAAUGGACCAACGGCAAGUUUGAGACGAGUGUCGAUACGGGCUUCAUCGUCCUCAACACGGCCACCUACCCCAACUUUAUCAACUUCCUCAAGCGCGUCAAAGUCGAUACCGUCCCCACAGAAAUGACCUUUGGCGUCACCAGAGAUCGAGGCCUCUUCGAGUGGGCCGGCACGAGCCUCGACGCCGUCUUCUGCCAGCGCAAGAAUCUCUUCUCCCCGCGCAUGUGGCGCAUGAUCUUCGACAUUGUGCGCUUCAACCAGUUCGCCCUUGACCUGCUCAUCACCGGCGACGACGUCAACGAUGCCGCCGCCAUGAACGGCCACAGCCACGCCUAUGGCCACGGUGCCGGACCCGAGGAGACCAUUGGCGAGUACCUCGAGCGCGAACGCUACUCCGACGCCUUCCGGGACGACUAUCUCAUCCCCAUGACGGCCGCCGUCUGGAGUACCAGCCCCGACAAGUGCACGCUCGACUUCCCCGCCGUCACCCUCGUACGGUUCAUGUGGAACCAUCACCUCCUGUCCACUGUCGCCACGCGUCCGGACUGGCUGACCCUCAAGGACUGCGGCAAGUCGUACAUCGACGCCGUCAUGAGGGGCUUCCCGUCGAACCAUCUCCACCUCAACAGCCCCGUCACGAAGAUCAUUGAGGACACAGCCACCGACGAGGAAAAAUCUAUCCUCGGUGCCUUUAACACCUACAGAGAACAAGGUCGUCCUUCCAUUCCGACCUCUCUCUCAUGCCCGUUGCCCCGCAAGGCCUGGACCAGCUGGAACUACCUGACCCUCUCGUCGCCGGCUACCGGCAAGCAGAACAUCGAUCAGAUCUCUCUCACCUACAACAUGAACAUCCUCCAGCACAUACCGACCUCGACCUUCGGCGACGUCCUUGUCACGAUGAACCCCCUCCACGAACCCGACCCAGCCAAGACGCAGGCCUCCUUCACCUACCGCCAUCCCCUGUACACUCCCGAGGCAGUCCGUGCCCAGCGCCUGCUGCCGCGUAUCCAGAACACGCGCGGCAUCAGCUACGCCGGCGCCUGGACAAAGUACGGUUUCCACGAGGACGGUUUCAGCAGUGGUCUUGCCGCCGCCCAGGACCAUCUGCACGCGCGGCUGCCGUUCCAGUUUGUCGACUCGACUUAUAGCCGUGGACGUCGGCCUGUUCUCGGACUUGCUGACUUGCUACUGCGCGUCUUGAUCCUGAUUGUGCAGGUGUUUGUGGUGCAGGUCCUGGAGGCGGGGUGGGGCGCUGUCCGGGGAAGGAUAGGGCCGAAGGUGGAAAACGUGCGCAGGACGUUGAAGAACGGCAAGGCGCACUAA